AUGGCGUGCUAUCGGAGGCUCAUCCCUCUCCGAUCUUCCCUUCUUGUUCCUUAUCCUCCCCUCAAAGGGUUUGGAGGAAGCUGUAAAAGCUACAACUCGAUUGUAUCUUCGGACCAAAGAGUAUUGAAAUUCGAAGACGAAGUAAAUCAGUUAUUGAAAUCAAGUAAUACGGCUUUGAAGGACAAAGUCGCUGAGCUUCGGUGCGAAUUCCAAGCGGCGAAACAGAGUUUUUUCAAAAUUCCUGAUGCUUUAAAGGCAAUGCCCAAAAUGAAUCCUGAAGGUAUAUAUGUAAAUAAAAAUCUGAGGUUGGAUAAUAUACAAGUUUAUGGGUUUGACUAUGACUAUACAUUGGCGAAUUACUCUGCUGCUCUACAGACCUUGAUAUACGACCUUGCAAAAGAACAUUUGGUUAAUGAGUGCAGGUAUCCUGAUAGUUGCAUGGAAUUCAAAUAUGAUCAUACAUUCCCAAUUAGAGGGUUAUAUUAUGACAAGUCUAAAGGAUGUCUACUGAAGUUGGAUUUCUUUGGAUCAAUUGAGCCAGAUGGAUGUUUCUUUGGUCGCCGCAAGCUCACAGCAGCAAUCUGCCAGAAUAGCAGAAAGCCACUGAAACAGAACAGAGCAGCAACCAUCCUGCAGCAUCAUCAUCUCAACUUCUUUACUGAAAAAUUCUGCACUCCAGCUCUAAGCUCCAAAGUAUAA